AUGUCUUUCUUUGGCUUCGAGACUAAACUACCCAGGGACCGCGAUGGUUCAGGGAGUAAGGGAUUCUUCGAAACUUCAGAUCCCUUUGCGGACAUCGCUCGAGCCCAUGCGCUGGAGGAUGACGACGUGAUUGACUUCGAGGAUACCUACGAUGGUCUUGGAGACCAGCUUCCCGACGACCAGGACGAGUUCAACGAUGACACGUUUGGCGCAGGUGGCGCCGAUACUUCGGUUGGAAGGGACUUCGAUUUCUUUGGAAAGACCGCCCAGGUUUCCGAUGUUAUUGGCGAGGAACAGGUUCGAUACAGCCUGCAGAAUCCCAAUUCUGCUCGCGUCGCUCCCCAGCCCGCCGCUCCAGCCGUUCAGCCGGCUGCCUCGAAGACGAAACGCUCAGGCUAUGAGAAGUACUCGGACCCAGGGUAUAUUCCCGACUUGCAAGCCAAGUCCAGUGUCUGGGGUGUCUCGCAGAAGAAGCCCGAGCCCGUCGCUGCUGCCCCAGCUGCGUCUACUGCCAGCCGGAAAAUGAUGAGCUUGGAAGAGGUGGAGGCACAAAUGCGCCAGCAAGGCCAUAAUACCUCGACCCCCGCUGCAGAAGCGUUCAUGCGAUCUAUGGUGGAUUCGCAGUAUCCUCAACCUCAGCAUCUCCAGACCCUCCCUGAUGGGUUCCCCCCGGUUCCCCCUGAGUUCCUGCAUGCACAGAUAAAACAAGGCCACCUACCGCCGGGUAUGCCACACCCACCGCCUGGUAUGCCAGAGCUUUAUGGUGGCCCUGGACCUAUGCCACCCGGUGUGCCUCUGCAUAUGAUGCAGAACGCCAACCUUCCCCCGCAAAGCAUGCCGCCUGCUGGUCCCCGCCAUGUCGGUCCUCCUCAGGCCCAGCGCCCUCAGCAGCCCCAGCUGCCUCAUCUCCCCCAGCAACAGCAAGUGCCCUUGCCUAACCGGACCUCCGCCAACGGGAUUCCGGUGAUCACCAACCCACAGCAGCUCAGGGACCUCACCGAAGAGCAGCGUAAUGCUUACUUGGUGGAGGAUGCCAAGCGUGCGAAGCGCAAUCACAAGAUUUUCCUUUUGUCCAGAGGCAAUGGUCUGAUGACACCACAGGAUAAGAACUUCAUUACUCGUAUCCAAUUGCAACAGCUGGUAGCAGCUGCUGGAAACGUUGCCGACUCGGAUCCGGAGGCUGUGUUGGCGGAGGACUUCUACUACCAGGUCUACAGCCAGAUUCGGGGAGCCCCACGUCAGCACCCCCCACCAACCCCUGGGCCACUUCGCCCAGACCUAUCUGUUUCAGACGGGCAACAGGCUCGUGCCGACAACCACAUGCAGCGAAUGCAGCAGCAGGUUCAGCGGGCUGUGGAAGCCGCCAAGGCCAAGCCCAAGAACAAGCAACUCAUCAUUGAAGGCAGCUUGGGCAAGAUCUCAUUCAGCAAUGCCAAGGCGCCCAAGCCGAUGCUGAACAUCAAGCGUCCCGAUAGCUCAGAGGGACCCAAGCCUAAAAAGCAGUCGGAUCUCAGUCUCAGUGACCGAAAGUCAAUUCUUACUAACCUGGAGGGCGUUUACAGCUCUUUGAUGGCAAUGGAAGAUAUGGAGCGCACGAUGCCACCGCCUCCCGAGGAGGGCGACGCCGAGGCGAUCCAAGUACACAUGGAAUGGAGACAGAAGCUUCACUCCCUCAACCAGAAGUUGUGGCGCUCAUUGAAGGUGAUGGAGCCAAUCGUGCCCAACUCGACGACACCACACCCCUUCAUCGCAUUCUUGUCAUACCCCAAGGGCAAGAAGGCCAUCCCUCGCAUCUUCCGCCACAUUGAUCAGGAACAGCGUGUCACCAUCCUCACUAUGAUUGUUGUUCAUCUGGAUAGCUUGGACGUGGUUCGCCUCGCCCAGCCCGUGCCGGGUGAGGCCCAGCCGUCGCUUGGUGUGCGUGAAGCGAUUGACCUCUUCUCCCUGGCUGUCAUGCCUUGUCUUCUGGGAUACGUGAACGAAGCGCCCUUCAACAUUAUCAUUGGUCUUUUGGGCUUGGUCAUCAACCAAACCCAUGUGCAGACAGUGGCUCGCACCAAGGUUGGUCUGGGCAUUUUAACCAUGUUGCUCAGUCGUGCCGAGAUUGUUAAGGAGGCUGGCCAGGCUUCCGAGCACGAUUGGCAGCAGUGGGUGCAGAAGUUCAAUAUCCUUUUCGAUACCUUGGAGCUCGGUCUGAACGACAUCUUCCCCGGAACGAUUAGCUCGGGCGACGACAUGUAUGUGUGGCAGUUCCUUGCCGCCGUGGGCAUUGGUGCCAGCCCCGAACAGCAGCAGCGCCUGGUCAUUGCCGUCAAGGAUCGUGUCAUGGAGACUGUGAGCUACAGCAAGACGCUCCCUGCCGACAUGGGCAGUCAGCGUCUGAGCAAUGUCAACUUGUUCAUGCGGGCCAUUGGUCUGGACGUUGAGCUUCUGGGUUAA